AUGACGUCGCCAUACCCAGCAUCCAGCUCCUUCUCACCCUCCAUUUCCUCCGACAUGCCUGCGGCGUCCAACAGGCCAGUCUCUGAUUUGCCGCAAGCCCAGGUCGACGCGAUAAUCCGGACGAAGCGCAAGGCCCGCGAACCUAAGGCCUGCUACCCAUGUCAUGCACGAAAGGUCAAAUGCGAUCGCAACCUUCCGUGUGAUGGCUGCGUGAAGCGCGACCAUGCCAACCUCUGCUCCUACGAGCGUCCUUCCAAGAAACAAUCGCAAGCCUUUCACGAAAGCCCUACUGCCAGCUCAGCUCCGGUUCCAGUCGCGAUGCCAGAAUACCCAACAACUUAUUCUUACAAUGAUACCCCAGCGCAGAUGAAUCCGAGAUUGUCCGUGGGCCGACCAGACGGCCCGAGCGGUGGUGCGCGGGUGUCAAUCGCCCGGGAGGAGUGGGAUAAUGUGCGCAAUAGACUGCGGGAGAUGGAGUCGACGAUCUCUUCGCUUCGUGUUGGCCUAGAAAAGGCCGAAGAUGGCCUCACAAACUCCAUGGAUACCGGGAGCGUGCAGAGCGGCGAUGCGGGUUCCCGUUCUAAAGCUGCUUCGCCGGAACGCGAGGGUAUCCAUGCCGCAAAUACCCUUGGUAAAGGCACGGUGCAUUUGGGCUCUCGAUCAGUGCUGGCUUACAUCUUGAACAACCAAUCUGGAUCCGAUCAACUUCAAGCACUUUUGGAAGGCGGGAUAUUGCCCAAGCUUGGGUUGGACAACGAGUCUGCAACUUACCCAUUUGUGGAUUUGUGGUCCACCGAUAUGUCGACAUUUGAUAUCACAGCGGUCUGCAGCGCCCUCCCAACGGAUCAGCAAUGUCGAGAAAUGUUCUACUACUAUAAAGACAUUUCAGGGGCCAUAUAUCCAGUUCUGGAAGACGUUGUCGAGUUUGAGAGCGCACUCGAGUUGUUAUUGCAGACCAGAAGUGCCAUGGGCGGUGAAUAUCGCGCCGACCAGGAUGAAUCGCAAAAGCCUUUUGGCGUCAGCCUUGCAUACCUAGGACUCUUGUUUGCCGUUCUUGCUUCCGGAUGUCAAUCGUCCGACUACGGCAGCAAAGAGAGAGAAUUGACCUCGCAAGUCUAUGUUUGCUGCUCUUAUCAAUGUCUUCGCAUGACAAACUUCCUAUCUCAGCCCACAAUUGAAGCAAUCCAAACCCUUCUGGUAAUAGGCAAUGUGCUAUCAUACAACAUGAACCCUGGAAUCUCUUAUGUGUUGCUUGGAAUGACUCUCCGCAUGGGUUUGGCCCUUGGUCUUCAUGUUGAAUCAAGUCACUUCUCGUCAGCGGAGCGAUAUCGCCGAAGACAUACUUGGUGGUCUAUGGCAUGGCAAGAUAGUCAUUUCUCACUCUCAUAUGAUCGACCAUCUACCACUGCAGUAAGCCAGCCAGAUAUCGCCUACAAGGAAGGCUCCAAGGCUGGUGAUCUGUCUUACUUCGAGACUCUUUGUCGGGUCAUCUCUCUUGCGUUGGAGGUUGUCCGUAUACGCAUGUUGAGCCCACACGCCCAAAUCAACCUAGAGAGUAUUCAAGGCUAUAAGGAACGCAUUCAAAAGAUCAUGAUCGAGGCCAAGCCCUAUCUGCGAGAUGCGAGCCGAUGUUCUACAUCACCGGAACAUCUAGAGAGGGUUGUACUCAAGCUUCAUUCUUCAUAUUUUGCCUCUGAGCUCUGUCGACCAGCGCUCAAGCCAAUGGCUGACUUUAGUGAUGCAAGCGUUGCCAGCAUGCGGGCAACCUGCGUGGCGAAUCUGAUGACAACUGUUGAAGCUUAUAUUGAGAUGCACAACAUCAGCUCUCAUGCUGCGCGCUCCUGGAUUGCGCUACAGCGUGCAAUCAGCUCGGCAUUCUUGCUUGCUGUCAUCGAAGAAGCGAAGCUGGACCCGAACGUCUGGAAUCUUCUGCGACAAUUGGAAGGUAUUAUCGCACAAAGAGCAAGUACCGAACGGGCUUAUGAUUCAAACGAGGCUGCUGCCACUGUUGCUAGCAUGACUUCGCCAUCUCAGAAUCUUGGCGGCUAUGAUCCAAUCACUGGGGCUGCCAACUCAUCCAACCCUAUCGCUCCGGUGGUGGACCCCAAUUCGCCUGCUGGUUUGCCAGCUGACACUCAAACGCAAUGGGCCAAAUCGCUGGCGAAAACACAUCGUGCUCUGCAAAAAUUACUCAACGCUUUUGAACACCACCCUUCGAGACAAAUUCCUGGGCGUAAUGGCACACCUGCAUAUCUCCCCCAUCCUAGCCUGAACCCGGCUUCUGCUUCGAUGGGAUCGUUCGUCCCUGUUUCUGCCAGCAUGACCCCCAGUGUCGGGUCUCUCCCACCGCCCACGCCAGAGAGCUCGGGCAGUGGAGAAUGGUCUAUGCCUAACAUAAUGGAUCGAGCAGCGGAGUACAUCCAUCCGCCUCUGUGGGGCUAG